GGGAGUUUGACCGGUAGCUAUGGCUCCCGGGGUGGCGCGGCGAGCUCGGCGGCGGCCCCCGCGCAGCGUGCGGAGCGCACGGCCGGUCGGGGUGCGGGCUCGCUCGGCGGAGGACUGGUGGUGGGACCGGCUGGCGCCGAGCGGCUCCGGUUACCAUCUGCUGCAGUCGGACAGCAUGCUCCUGGUGCUGCCCGGCCCUGGGCCUGCCCGCACUCGCGUGCAGAGGCGUGCAGCCCGCCGCACUCAGCGGCCAGUGCCCCCAGCGUCCCGCGCCGCGGCGGUCAAGGCUAGGCCCAGACCUGCUCCGGUUUCGGAGCCGCAGCAGGGGCCCGACCCAGGCUGGGGCGACCGCAUCCCCCUGGAAAUCUUGCUGCAGAUUUUCGGGCUGCUGGUGGCGUCCGACGGGCCCAUGCCCUUCCUCGGCAGGGCUGCACGCGUGUGCCGCCGCUGGCACGAAGCUGCCUCCCAGCCUGCGCUCUGGCACACCGUGACCCUGUCGCCCCCGUUGGCUGGCCGCCUCGCCAAGAGCGGAGCCAAGGCGGAGAAGAAGCUUCUCGCUUCUCUGGAAUGGCUUAUGCCCAAUCGGUUUUCACAGCUCCAGAGGCUGACCCUCAUCCACUGGAAGUCCCAGGUACACCCUGUGUUGAAGCUGGUUAGCGAGUCCUGUCCUCGGCUCACCUUCCUCAAGCUUUCUGAUUGCCACGGUGUGACCCCUGAUACGUUGGUCAUGCUAGCCAAAGCCUGCCCCCAGCUCCACAGCCUGGAUAUACAGCACUCCAUGGUGGAGUCUACAGCCGUGGUGAGCUUCUUGGAGGAGGCAGGGCCCCGAAUGUGCAAGCUGUGGCUGACUUACAGCUCCCAGACGACAGCCAUCUUGGGUGCGCUGCUGGGCGGCUGCUGCCCCCAGCUCCGGGUCCUGGAGGUGAGCACUGGCAUCAACCGCAACAGCACUCCUCUCCAGCUGCCUGUCGAGGCCCUGCAGAAAGGCUGCCCCCAGCUGCAGGUGCUGCGGCUACUGAACUUGACGUGGCUGCCCAAGCCUUCCGGGCGAGUGGUGACUCCUGGCCCAGGCUUCCCCAGUCUUGAGGAGCUCUGCCUCGCCGGCUCCAGCUGCAACUUUGUGAGCAACGAAGCCCUGGGCCGCCUGCUCCACGAUUCCCCCAACCUGCGCCUGCUGGAUCUUCGCGGCUGUGCCCGCAUCACACCCGGUGGCCUGCAUGAUCUGCCAUGUCAAGGUCAGCUUUCUCUGGGCAGGAGGGGUGUGGGUACCCUUGCCCACCCCACCGCUCAUGCCGGCUCUUCGCCUCCAGACCUGGAGCAGCUUCACCUGGGUCUUUACGGCACGUCAGACAGGCUGACUCUAGCCAAAGAGGGCAGCCAUCUGUUGACCCGGAAAUGGUGCCACGCCCUGCGGGAACUGGACUUGAGUGGCCAGGGCUUCAGCGAGAAGGACCUGGAGCAGGCCUUGGCCGCCUUCUCAGUCACGCCUGGGGCCUCACACCCAGCCUUGUGCUCGCUCAACCUCAGGGGCACCCGGGUCACACCGAGCACAGUCAGCUCUGUGAUCAGCAGCUGCCCAGGCCUGCUGUACCUCAACCUGGAGUCCUGCCGCUGCCUUCCGCGGGGCCUGAAGCGGGCCUACCGAGGCCGGGAGGAAGUCCAGUGGUGCCUGGAGCAGCUGCUCACCAGCCCCCCUUCUUCCAGCUAGGCGGUUCCAGACCUCAGACCCUCGGGCAGCCUGCGGCGCCUCCACCCUUUUCCAGUCGCGAUGUUUGAACGUCUUGUUACAAUAAAACAUUUUUAGGA